ACCCCACUGGCAGCCGCGCCGGCCAGGCACGCAGCCGCCGCGUGGAGGCUGGCACCGUCACCGGUCACGUGAUCGUACGAGCACGUGACGGGCCGGCACGGGGGCGGGACGGCCCCGUGCUCGGCUCGCCGGCCAGCCGGCCGUGAACGAGAGGCAGCUCUGUUGUCAGUUUGUCAACUGCCGCGGUCACGGUCGGAUCCCAAGUGCCGGCGUUUAAGCGGCAUUUAUAUCGUUCUCGUCGUGGACACAAGUGCAGUGAAAGUGCCAAGUAGAUUGAAGUUAAAAGCGUAUCUUUCUUUGCGCGUGAUUCAGAACGCUUCACUUGCCGAGGACGGUGAAGGUUGUGCAAAGGUGGAAACACGGGAAACGGGACCGGACGAUUGAACACAUUCAGCUGGCAUUGUCGCUAACCCUAUGAAGCGGCGCGCGCCGGAGCGGCCGGCAACUAGGAUGGGACCCCAGUCGACCCGGCGCGACUGGCGGCCCUUUCUCUACGGUGGCAUGUCGUCCUGUUUCGCAGAGUUCUGCACCUUCCCGAUCGACACUACAAAGAUCCGGUUACAGGUGCAGGGCCAGCGAGUGGCCGGUCUGCGCGAGCUGCGCUACCGCGGCAUGAGCCACGCGCUCGUCCGUAUUAGCCAGGAGGAGGGACUGCGGGCACUCUACCGAGGGAUCUCUCCAGCGGUACUGCGUCAGUCCACCUACGGUACAAUCAAGUUCGGUGUCUACUACACCAUGAAGGGCGUCAUAUGUCCAAACCCUGCCGACGAGACGCUACUCUCCAACGUCUGCUGUGCCAUCGUCGCUGGCGUCGUCUCCAGCUCGAUUGCCAACCCCACGGACGUGCUCAAGGUGCGGAUGCAGGCGGCCAACGACUCUGUGCGCCAGAAGGGCAUGGUGCGCUGCUUCUCCGACAUCUACCAGCAGGAGGGCGUGCGCGGCCUCUGGCGGGGUGUCGGACCCACGGCCCAGCGCGCCGCAGUCAUUGUCGGCGUCGAGCUGCCGCUGUAUGACUUCUUCAAACGCUACUUCAUCCAGAACGACAUCAUGGGCGACUCCACCGGCAACCACUUCGCCUCCAGUCUACUCUCCAGCCUCGGAGGAGCAGUCGCCUCGACUCCCAUCGACGUGCUCAGGACACGAAUGAUGAACCAGCGCGCACUGCUGCACGCCGGUCCGGCGGCGGCCGCGGCGGCCUCUGAGGGCGUAGUGCCGGCCCACUUUUACCGGAGCAGCCUCGACUGCCUCUACAAGACGGUGCGGUACGAGGGCUGCCGGGCGCUCUACAAGGGCUUCGUGCCCACCUGGCUGCGGCUCGGCCCGUGGAACAUCAUCUUCUUCGUCUCGUUCGAGCGGCUAAAACAGCUCUACUAGGCGGCCGGUCGGCGGGGCUCCGGGAGUUCGGAGCACGUCCCCACUAGUUCAAUUGGUUCGGCGUGGUGCGGCCCGGGCCGCUCGGUCCGGCCGCGGGGUGCCAAGGCUGUGAGGACCCGCGGCGCUGCGGGCGCUACCGACGAGUGUUCAGUGACGAGUGUUCACUGUGUGCUGGAUCUGACUUCUGCCGGGCGGCGGCCGCCGGUGGGAGCUGAUUGGUGUGUGGAGCUGUGUGGGAGCUGUGGCUGGGUGGAAGAUCGGUAUGAGACCGUUGUGGGUGGGAGCUGAUGUACGAGUGUGACCGAGUCGGAGAGUGGGUGGCUGAGUGUGUGUGUGCGGCUGUCUGCGCUCAUCCCGGCAGUUUGACGAAAACGACCGUGAACAACAUGGACAGACACCGUCGAACACGAUCGGCAGUCGCCGUGUUCUCUUCAAGCAUUACUCGCUCAUGGAUGGUGUUUCCAUAUUGGGGUUGCCAAAUGUCAUUUUCUCACCUCAUAUGAACGCUGGUCGGUGUUCAGGCGCACUCUUGCCCUGCUCAUCGACCAAUCACUGUACCAUCCCCCUUCAUGGGCAACUUUUCUCUGAAACGCUCGAGCUAUUUUCAAAUGUAAUCAUGUGUAAAUCGCUUUAAGAAGUUGAUCUGUUUUUGUCGAGUGACGGGCCGGUCCGGAGAGGCGGGCCCGUUUCGUCACUGUUUCAAUGCUCUGAUCAAUAAAUCUGCAGUAUAAU